AUGGGGAAGACGGAAGCUGAUCCCUAUGAGCUGUUGAGCUCCGCUCUGCCCGGCCACGUCGCUCUCUUCCUCGCUCUACAGGUUCACAGGCUGGCGUCAGAACAGUUCACAGUGAGGGGACCUGGCCACCCGAUCACUGCCUCCCUAGGCGGGGAGGCCGUCCUGCCCUGCCACCUCUCCCCCAGGAUGAGCGCUGAGAACAUGGAGCUGAGGUGGUUCCGAUUCAAGUUCUCUGCAGUUGUGCACCGGUAUAAGGAUGGGCAGGAUCAGUACGGACAGCAGAUGCCGGGAUAUCAGGGCAGGACAGAGCUGCUGAAAGACAAUAUCACCAGUGGGAGUGUUUCCCUGAGAAUACGCAAUGUCCAGCUUUCUGACCAUGGACAGUACACGUGUUUCUUUCAGUCCAAUGUUUCGUAUGAAGAAGCCUUACUGGAGCUGCAAGUGGCAGUUUCAGGCUCUGACCCCCACAUCUCUGUUGAUGGCCACCAGGAUGGAGGGAUCUGGGUUGUGUGUCGAUCGGCAGGCUGGCACCCAGAACCUGAGGCUCAGUGGAGAGAUCACCAUGGGCAGCUGUUAUCAUCUGCCUCUGAAAAAAUAUCUAAGGAGGCCAACGGCCUGUUUCACUGGCAGAUUUCUAUUGUUAUAACAGAACAUUCCAACCAGGAUUUGUCCUGUUCUGUCAGGAACCCGCUCCUCAACCAAGAGAAAAUAUCAACAGUUUCCAUAGCAGAGCUGUUUUUCCCGAGGGUCAAUCCCUGGAUGGUGGCUCUGGGUGUGAUCCUGUCUCUCCUGGCUGUUCUCAUUGGCCUGGCCAGUUACUGCUUCUGGAGGCAACAGAGAGCGAAAGAGAAACUGCAGGGUGAACUCAAGUGGAGAAGAGCCCUACUAAAUGCGGGUUGGGAAAAAGCCCGACAAUAUGCAGUGGACGUGACUCUGGAUCCAGACACGGCUCAUCCCAAACUCGUCCUGUCUGAGGAUCGGAAACGUGUGAGACACGGAGACAAACGCCAGGAUCUGCCCGACAACCCUGAGAGAUUUGAUCCUUGUGUCUCUGUCCUGGGCGCUGAGGGGUUCGUGGGCGGGAGGCGUUACUGGGAGGUGGAGGUGGGAGACAAGACUAACUGGACUCUGGGGGUUUGUAGGGAAUCUGUGAGCAGGAAGGGGCAGGUCACACUCACACCUGAGGAUGGACACUGGGCCGUGUGGCUGAGGGAUGGGGAAUACAAGGCCCGCACCUCCCCCCCGACUCCCCUCCCCGUGAGCGUCAGCCCCAGCCGGGUGGGGAUUUUCCUGGACUAUGAGGCGGGCGAGGUCUCGUUUUACAAUGUGACUGACAGGUCCCAUCUCUUCACUUUCACUGACACCUUCUCCGGGAAGCUCCGCCCUUAUUUCCAUCCCUAUCUCAACGCUGGGGGUACAAACGCGGCUCCCCUGAUAAUCUGCCCAGUCCCAGCUCAGGCCGGAGGGAAUCUCGGUCCCUGACAGUGACCCCGCGGCACAGACUGGCCCCUCCCAGCCCUGCUGCUCUUCCUGCCCCCAGUAGUGGGGGGCCAGUUACUGCAGCAACUGGACUUUCUGUGCUGACCGGAUGCUGCCAGUUUCCCUUUUCAACUGGAGGUUCCAGUCGAAAACCGGACACCUGGGAACCCCCAGCCCCCACCUUCCCCGUCCCCUGUCCCAGGGGUAGCAGAUGGGGAUGGAUGGGGUCAUUCACUACUGUCAGAAUUUUCUACAGUGAGAUCUCAAUGUAAAAUCUGAAAGAAAAAAGAUUAUUUAGAAAAUAUUAUUGUAACAAGGUGUAAAUACAAGAAUAUUUUAAUUUACAUUUAAACAGUACUUCAAAAACAAGCAUGUAAACAUUUUUAGAAAUGGAAUUAUUUACAUUACAUUUAUUUUUUGAUUCUUCCCUCUAAUCUAUAUUGAAUUUUAACUUCUCUAAAUAACGUCAUUUGUAUUUCAACUGGGGAAUACAAGAAAUGCAAAAUAUUUAUCUUAAAAUAAAGUAUUAAGUUCUCAGACUGGGUUGUUCAGUUACAAUGUACAUGUGUUAUAAACAUCACAACUACACACAUGUGCAGCUGCUCUCUCUGUUUCCCCCUCACCCCCUUUAUUGUCUUGACUGGUUCUCCCUGGAAGGCAGGGCACAUACACCCACCUCCUGCAGUAUAUCU